GCAAAAGAUAUGAUAAAAGAUGUUAUAAUACAAUUAAAGUUCAUAAUAAAAAUGAUAUUCCUAAUACCCAUCAGGAUAGAAAAUCUAAAAAUAACACUGAUUCAAAAAUCCACCAGAGAAAAAAGCAAAAUCCGCCAAAAAGAAAUAAUCUAGAAGUUGUCAUCUUAUUAGAAAAUGAAUAUAAGGAAAGAAAUGAUGAGUUACUUAAACUGGAAAUUGAAGAAAGAAAAGCAUUAAAAGAGCGUUCUAUUAAAGCAAGAGUUGCUGAAGCAGAAGCACGAAUAUUAGAAGCUAAAUCUGAAGA